AUGUGGGAGCAUAUCGAGACUCUCGCCGGCUUUGGAUGGAAUAUCCGACGAAAAUGCAUAUCGUGCUGCGAGCCGUGGAAGGGCAAAACGUGGUUCAAUCGGUGGCAGGCGCACUUCCGAACUGCGGCCAUCCAAACCCUCCGACGUCGAACGGGAGCAGUCCCACUGGAGCAAAUCGUUUGCACCGAGGAUUAUCAAGAAGUGGUAUCUAUGGAUCGUAAGCGCAUUCGCGAUCUUUGCGUUGAAUCGCUUCAGGACCUUAUGGUCGGAACAUCGCCGAAGCAUAUUGCCAAUGGAAAGGGCUUCUAUGAAUACUCGUUCGGAAACUUCCCAGAACUUCGAGUUUAUUUCAAAGGCGCCGAACAUUACACCGUUGAGGAUGUGAAGAAAAGUCAGAGAUUUGAGGACAAAGGACAAAGAGCGCUUCUCGCGUGCCACUUGGUCGCCAACAUCUACGACAACGACGACGUCUUCCGCGGAUACAUUCGCGAGACGAUCAAUCGUCAUCGCCAAUACAAAAUGGAUCCGGCGCUCUGGGAGGGCUUCUGGACGGUGUGGACCGGAUAUAUGGCGUCCGCUGGCUGCCUGACGGAUGAGCAACGCGCCGCGUGGAUGCAGCUCGGCAAAGACUUCAACGCUGAAUGUCAAGUGCAUUUGAAGAAUCUCAACCUUCCAUUCGUUCAAAAUAAUUGA